AGUAGUUUCUGUUGUAUUCUAUUUUAUUAUUAUGUACAUGUUACAUUUAAUAAUAGUUUAAACAUAAUUUAUUUUAAUUAUACCAUUGUAAUAACUAAUAGUAUAAUAAGAAUUAGUCUGUUGUCAAAUUCAUGUUAAGAAAUAUUUUUGGUAAGAUGGAAAAAAUUUUGAAGCCAUUAGGAUGCGAAGUUCGUGGAAUUGACUUAAAAACUGAAAAUAGACCUGAAAUUAUUAAACAGAUACAAGAAGAUGUCACAAAACAUAGAAUAUUAAUAUUUAAAGAUCAAGGUAUCAUAAGUGGUGAUAGGCAUGUUGAAAUUAGUCGUUGGUUUGGAGAAUUAGAAUCUACAUUCUACAAACAUCGGAAAUCACCUCAUCCUGAUGUGUUUCGAGUAUCUAAUGAUAAAAAUGAAGGAUGCACUGGUGUAGGACGAUCAGGUUGGCACAUUGAUGGGACAUUUCAACCAGCACCAUUUAGUUAUUCUUUAUAUCACAUGGAGUCUGUACCUAAAGAAGGACAUACGUUAUUUAUUCCACUCACAGAACUAAUUCAAAGUUUGGAUAAAGAUACUUAUGACACUUGGAAUCGAGCUUGGAUGGUUAGUGAUAGAAGAUCAUCACCCAUCCAUCCACUGAUAUAUAGUCAUCCUCGAACAGGCAAACCAGUAUUAUGUUUUCAUUUGGGAAUGACUACUGAAUUUAUUUGGAAUUAUAAACUUCCCUCAGAAUCAAUUGCUAGUCAUGAAGAGUACGAAGAACUUUUAGAUUCAAUAAACAGUAAAAUCAAUCAAGAUCAUGGAAAGUAUAUAUAUGUACACAAGUGGGAACCAGGGGAUUUUAUUAUAUCUGAUAACUUAGCUGUUGGACAUUUUGCUCACUCAAGUACACAGGCACCCAGAAGUGAAGUUGGUCUCAGAGUUCUACAUAGAACUACUAUUAAAGGAACACAUCCACCAAAGAAAUAAAAUUUAUUUAUUUUUGAAUAUAAUUAUUGUAAUAUUUUUUAUAUUCAUAAACUUUUGUUAUAUA